AUGUCGUCUAUGAGAAAUGCGGUCCAGCGCCGCAACCACCGAGAGCGCGCUCAGCCUGAGGAGCGGGCGAAAUGGGGUCUGCUCGAGAAGUCAAAAGACUACAAAUUGCGCGCCCAGGACUUCCGCAUGAAGAAGCAAAAGCUCAGGGCCCUGAAAUCCAAAGCCGCGGACCGCAACCCAGACGAAUUCUCCUUCAAAAUGAUGAGCUCGAAAGCGGACAACGGUCGCAAGCUCGGCGAUCGAGGCAACAAAGCGUUGAGCGUGGAUGUAGUUAAGCUGCUCAAGACUCAGGAUAUUGGUUACGUGCGGACGAUGCUGCAGGCGACGCGGAAGGAGAGAGAGAAGCUGGAGCAGGAGGUUGUGCUGGGCAAGAAUGGUGUCAAGACGUUCAACCAGGUGAGGGCAGGGAAGACGGGCAGCCAUAUGGUGUUUGUAGAGAGCGCCGAGGAGCAGAAGGAGUUUAAGCCCGAGGAGUGGUCUGGGACUUCUAUGGAAGGGCUAAAUAAGGCGUGGAACCGGCCGCGGGACUUUACGAUGGAACAAGAGCAAAGUGACGGCGAAGAGCUUGGGAUCACUUCUACCGCGAAGCUCCCCAAGAAACAGCAAGAGAUUGAGGCCGCCAAGCGGAAGGAAGAACGCUCGUCAAAGAAGAAGCGUGAGCGGGCUCAAGAUUCACGCAUGUCCCGGUUGGAAGCUUUGAAAGCUAGAGAACGAGAUCUGAAGAGUGUCGAGGACGAGCUAGAGACACAAAGAGCCAAGAUGGCUGGCACAAUUGGUGGCGUCAACAAGAACGGCGUCAAAUUCAAGGUCCGGGAACGAAAACGCUGA